AUGUGCUAUUCAUUGGAGAUAAAUACUAAUUUAAAGUUGGCUAAAGUUGCCUUAUUAUCUAAUAUUCUUGGAAAAUUAAGUUUAAUAUUAUCAGUGUGUUUAAUUUAGAUAAAUGCAAUAAGUUUCAUAUGCUCUUUAACAUUAAUUUUACUUGAUAUUUUAAGCUUUGUUAAAUAUUAUUAGUAAUUGUAAAAUGGUAAUGAUUAAUCCCAAACUUAAUUAUGUGAUGUGAAAUCUCUUUCGGAAUAAUCAAAAAUCAAUGAAAAUAUAUGGAGAUAGAGAAUAUAAGAUAUGAAUGUAUAAGUACUUAUAUUGGGUUAUUCAAAUUUAUGCGUAAAAUAUAUAAAUUAAUGUUUCAUGGAAUUGUUUACAUGCGCUAUGGAAGAGGAAUUGCAAAAAAUUAUUUUAUAAGAGUUGAAUUUUUAGAUACCUUAACAAUAUACAGAAGCUUUUAAAAGUGCCUCACUUUAAAUGAAGAGAUUAAGAGAUAAGUAAAGAGACCCAUCUUGCAGAGAAUUUAAAAACUUAGAGUCUACGAAACAAGUAAUUACAGCUUAAACCAAAACUUUAGAAUAAAUUCUGGAUGAAUAUAAAAAAGGGAGCUUUGAUUAAUUGAUAUUGGCUUCAAAUAAUAAAGCUUUAGAUAUAUCUUGCACUGUGAAAUUGUAGAAUAAUAAUAAUAUUUCAUUGAGCGGAUAAAUUAUUAGUGAUAAUAAAGAGAUCACUAUCUUUUUAAAUGAUAUUUCAAAAUAGAAUGAAUUAUCAUAAUAAAAGAUUAAGGAUGACUUUAAAUCAAAAAUCAUUGAAUCUUUUUCACAUGAAAUGAAAACUCCAUUAAAUAGUGCUAAAAAUUUGAUAGAAUCAGCAAUUUCUGAAUAAAAAAUUGAUAAUUAUACUAAAACUCAAUAUUUACUCCCGGCAUUUAAUUCAUUAAAACUAUAAUCAUGCAUUAUUAAUGACAUAAUUGAUUUUUCAAACUAUUAUGCAAAUUCUUUGUAUCUCCAAACCAAAGAUUUUACAUUCAAAGAAUUAAUAAAUGAAAUAAGUGGACUUUUUUAAUAAUAAUUUGAGAUGAAAAAUAUGGGUUUAAGAAUUGUGAUGGUAAAAAAUAAUCUCUAAAUUUUUAAUAGCGAUUAUAAUCGUUUAGUAUAAAUAAUAGUAAAUUUGUUGGCAAAUUCUUUAAAAUUUUCUUAUAGUGGUAAUGUAGUAGUUAGAUUUAAAUCAUUAGAAUAAAAUAUUUUGAAAAUCUCCAUCAAGGAUUAAGGUAUUGGUAUUGAAUAAGGAAAAUUAGAGACAAUUUAGAAAACAUUAUGCUAAUUUUAAGAAACAUCAGAUUUUAUUUUUAGUAAAAAUUGGCAUGGAUUUGGACUAUUAAUUUCAUCAAUUUUAUUAACUAAAUUAUCAUCUAAUUUAAAUAGAUAGUUAUUAUAAAUAAAAAGCCAAGGAAAGAGUUUAGGAACAAAAGUUACAAUAUUUGUAGAAGACUAAAAUAAAAGUUAAUAGGUUAUGCUUUCUAGAAAAUCUGUUAAAUUUGGUACAAAAAUGUAUUCCCAAAAUAAAAUAUAAAUAGGAACUGUUAUUGUAACCUAAGUAAAGGCAAUAGCUAAUUUUUAAAAUAAUGAUAUAAUAACUCCAUAAUUUAAAACAAUAGAAUUAUGCACUGAUAUGAUAUCUAUAGAUAGAUCUAGUGAUUUUUUUACAAUAACUAAUAAAGUUUAAGAAUUAAGGUCUUCAAAUCCAAAAUUAAUAAGCAAUUUAAAUGAUUCUUAGAGUUCAGAUUCGAAUUUUGAUAUAGAUUUUAAAAAUUUAAGAUAAUUAGGUGAUUCUCCAUCAAUUCAACCGUAAUUUAGAGAUUUCAAAUCAAGCAGAAGUUCUCGUUCAUAGAUUCUUAGUAUAAAAUAGUUAAAAUUAUUGGAAGACUAAGAGAGUUAAUAGAAUCUGUUGCAUUUUGUAUAGAAAAAAAGAUGUAAUUGUAGAAGAAUACUUUCAGUUGAUGAUGAAAUAUUUAAUUAACAUUCCUUAUGCAUGUUAUUACAAACAUUAAAUUUUGAAGUGUUAGUGGUUAGUAUUAAAUAUUUUAUUCUUAGGCUUUCAAUGGAUAAUAAGCUAUAGAAUUAUUGAACCAAAUAAAAAAAUGUUGUGAUCAUUGUUAAUUGCUUGAUGUAAUCUUAAUGGAUUAUUAAAUGCCAAUUCUAAAUGGGAUUGAAACCACAAAGGUUAUUUUAGAGAUGAUAAAAGAUUAAAAGAUUCCAUCUAUAAAUAUAAUAGGUUUAACAGCCUUUACAAGUGAAUCAGAUAUAGUAAAUUGUUUAGAUGCAGGGAUGACUUAUGUAUUAUCUAAGCCUUUAAACUUAAAAGACUUUAAGGAUUUAUUGUCAAAUUUAUGA